AUGACUAUUUCACCCCAAGCAGAUUGCCUGUUUGAGGCAGGUCUCAAGUCUGACCAGGUCUUCACGGCUUCUGAUGCAGGAUUCAGUGCACGUCAGUCAUCGUACUGGUCUCGAAGUGCCCAAUCAUUGCAACCAGCCUGUAUUGUUCAGCCACGUUCCGCUCAAGAGGUAGCUACAGUGGUACGCGCUUUGGUCACUGCCCGCAUUCCAUUUGCAGUUCGUAGUGGCGGGCACAUGACUUGGGCUGGCUCAAACAACAUCGGAGCCGAUGGAGUCACGAUCGACCUUGAGCAUCUAAACUGGGUAAAGCCGGUCGUUGACGAAAAAGAAGGCUCUGCCGUAGAUAUAGGUCCUGGUAAUCGAUGGGGUGCAGUAUAUGCACAGCUAGAGAAACACCAGCUGACUGUUGCUGGCGGACGAGAGGGCAAUGUAGGCGUUGCCGGCCUGCUUCUCGGAGGGGGCAUGGCCUUCUUUACCGCUCGGCACGGGCUGGCGUGCGACAACGUCGUGGAAUAUGAGAUAGUGCUCGGUGACGGCCGGAUUGUGCGUUCUCGUGAAGACGGCGAACAUGCGGAUCUAUUUCGGGCUCUGAAAGGUGGUGGAUGCAACUUCGGUAUAGUCACCAACUUUCGAAUGCGUGCAUUACGGUCCGGCCCUGUCUGGGCAGGCAUGACUGUUCACCCGAAAGAGGCUAUUCCUGAGGCUAUCACUGCCCUCAAAGAAUUCACAGACAAUGUGCCGGCUGAUGUGGACAGCAAUUUGCUCUGUUUCUUUACUUAUACUGUGAGUAUUGCUAAUCCUGAUUUCAAGGAUAUCGUCGUUCUUGGUGCUUUGAUCCAGAUUGCCGGGGUCGAUGAGGCGCCAGCCUACAAGAAAUGGCUUCACAUGCCUACAACAGCCACAACGUGCAAAAUCACCACAGUGCCGCAACUAGCGGUGGACUAUAGCCAGGCACAAAAUUACUACAAUACUUGGUUCACUGCUACGUUUAAAAAUGAUGUUCGUGUAGUGGCCAAGGCUGCUGAAUUACAUGAAAAAUUGGUGGCGGAGCUCAAGAGCUUCAUCCCUGAUGGUGAUUUCAUCACCCAGUGCUUGUUUCAACCAUUCCCCCGACUUUUUGGCCAGCACUCUGCGGCGGCCGGCGGAAACGUAAUGGGAGUCGAAAGGCAGCCGGAAAAUGGUCUCUUGUGGCUCGCUAAUGCGCAAGUUCGUACGCAAGAACAGGAAAGAUUUGCCUACAAUCUAAUUCGCAAUUGGGUACACGAUGUGAAGCAAUUUGCUGCCACCAUCGACAGCAAUCUACCGUGGGUAUAUUUGAACUACGCAGAUAAGAGUCAAGAUCCAUUGGCGAGCUAUGGGCUGGACAAUGUGCGCAAAAUGAAAGACGUUGCAGCGAAGUAUGACCCCGAACAGGUUUUCCAGAUACUCUCUCCUGGAGGAUUCAAGAUUUCGAGUGUGUCUCUGCCGAAUUGA